AGAGGGCGGCCGGGCCGCGACUCCUCCAGUUUGAACUUGGCGGGCCUGAUGUUGGCGGCCGGGCAGUGGGGGGCUGCUUCUGCCUCUACCUAUACCCUUUCCUCCUCUGAUGGCAGACCCAGGUCGCGGCCCUCAUUGAGCUCUUUUUCUGUCCUCAUGAUGGGCGCCCAGGGAGAAGGGUUGGAGGUGGGGUGCCAGCCGUCGCCGCCCGUCAGCUGCAGCAAUUCCACCAUGUCGCUGUUGUCUCCUCUCGGCCACCAGAGCUUCCCGUUUGACGAGGACGACGGUGGCGGGGAGAAUGAGGAAGAGGCAGACGAAGAUGCCUCUGACUCUGAGGUCCAGGUGGCAAGCUCGAGAAGAGUGGAGUUACAGGGGCGCGCCAGCACUGAAGUUGAAUCCGAAGAUAACCAAGAACAGAAACAGGUGAGCCUACCAGAAAGCAACCUGACACCAUGGGAAGUGUGGUUUGUUGGCAAAGAAAAAGAAGAACGUGGCCGGCUGCAACAGAAAGCUCUAGAGGAAUUAAAUCAACAACUAGAGAAAAGAAAAGAAAUGGAAGAACGUGAAAAAAGAAAGAUAAUUGCUGAAGAAAAGCAUAAGGAGUGGGUUCAGAAAAAGAAUGAGCAGAAAAGAAAAGAAAGAGAACAAAAAAUAAAUAAAGAAAUGGAGGAAAAAGCAGCAAAGGAAUUGGAGAAAGAACAUUUGCAAGAAAAAGCAAAAGAAAAAUAUCAAGAAUGGUUAAAGAAAAAAAAUGCUGAAGAAUGUGAGAAGAAGAAGAAAGAAAAGGAAAAAGAAAAACAACGGCAAGCUGAAUUACAGGAAAAAAAGGAAAUAGCAGAAAAAAAGUUUAAGGAAUGGUUGGAAAAUGCAAAAAAUAAACCUCGUCCAGCUGCAAAGAGCUAUGGUUAUGCCAAUGGAAAACUUACAGGUUUUUACAGUGGAAAUUCUUAUCCAGAACCAGCCUUUUAUAAUCCAAUUCCAUGGAAACCUGUUCAUAUGCCCCCUCCCAAAGAAGCUAAGGAUCUAUCAGGAAAGAAGAGUAAAAGGCCUGUGAUAAGUCAGCCACACAAAUCAUCUCUGGUAAUUCAUAAAGCCAGAAGCAACCUUUGCCUUGGAAGUCUGUGCAAAAUACAAAGAUAGCACAUGUGGGAAAUAGCAUGUUUUUACCUGGAACUAUUUAGUUUUAAAAUCAGGAAUUGUUUUUUACUGCUCAGUCAGUAACUCAACAUUUAAUUUGAUUAUUGACAAUUCCUAAUUUUUGCAUUUGUAUUUGGAUCCUUAGAGUUAAUUGAGGAAGAUAUUUUCUACAUGUUGGCUUUUUUAAGCCUUUCAAGGUUGAUUUUGGCUUAUUGUUUUACAGAAUAAGUGACUGAAUUUGUAUUAAUUUUGCUUGUAUUUUGCUUAUAUUGAAACUAUACUGUAAUACCAA